AUCACCCACAUAAAUAUUUACACUAUCAUCACCCUAUGUUUUCUUCCAACUUGCAAGCGUUCGUGUGCAAUCACCCCUUCUCCUGAAAAAACAAUUCGGCGAAGAAGUAAGAGGAAUAGAGACAGAAGAAGAAGAAUAGCGUUGUUGCCUUAAAAUUCACCAUAACAUCGUCCUUUAUUUUGUUGAUACAAAAACUGGGUCUUCGACUUUAUCGAAGACCGAUUAACAACUACGACUAGGGUUCUGUUUCCAUUGGGGUUUAGAGACAGUUAAUGGAAAGUCGAGGCCAAAAGCGUCCAGAGAUGGUGGAUGAACUGCCUGCUGAUAAGCGGGCAUGCAGUUCAUUGGAUUUUAGACCAAGUUCUUCAAACUCAUCAGUUCAAACCCACAUGAAUUCAGCAGUGGAGGUGCAUGAUCAUGACAUGGAUACUUCCUCAUCUGCUUCAGCUUCAAGCCAAUCAGAGGGAGAGCCUGAGAAGGAUUCAGCUUAUGGGUCAUGUGAUUCGGAUGACAUGGAGCAUCAUCAUAGCUCUCUCCAUGAAUAUCAUGGGCGGAGACUGUCCAGUGAUCAUGGGAAAUUUAAAAAUAUUAUAUCUAGCUUGAGUGGACAGACUGAACCCUCUUAUCAAUUAGCUGCACUUACUAAACUUUGUGAAGUUCUGUCUUUUUGUACAGAGGGUUCACUCUCCAGCAUGACUUCAGACUUGUUAUCACCACUACUUGUAAAGCUGGCAAAGCAUGAAAGUGACCCGGCUAUAAUGUUGUUUUCUAUAAGGGCCAUCACCUAUAUAUGUGAUCUAUAUCCUAGGUCAGCUGGUUUUCUUGUUCGUCACGAUGCUGUGCCUACUUUAUGUCAAAGAUUAUUAGCUAUUGAGUAUCAAGAUGUAGCUGAACAGUGUCUCCAAGCUUUGGAAAAGAUUUCGCGGGAGCAACCACUUGCUUGCUUACAGGCUGGGGCAAUUAUGGCUGUUCUAAAAUAUAUUGAUUUCUUCUCAACAAGCAUACAGAGAGUGGCUCUUUCUACCGUGGUGAACAUAUGUAAGAAGCUUCCUUCUGAAAGCCCUUCACCUUUCAUGGAGGCUGUGCCUAUAUUAUGCAAUCUUCUUCAGUAUGAAGAUCGGCAGCUUGUUGAAAAUGUUGCUACCUGCUUAAUCAAAAUUGUGGAGCGAGUUGCACAGUCCUCUGAAAUGCUGGAUGAGCUUUGUAAGCAUGAAUUGAUUCAACAGGUUACACAUCUUUUAAGUUUAAAUGGUCGAACAGCCCUAUCUCAAUUAAUUUACAAUGGGUUGAUAGGAUUACUUGUCAAACUUUCAUCUGGAUCACUUGUAGCCUUCAGGACUUUAUAUGAACUCAAUAUAAGCAGCAUAUUGAGAGAUAUAUUAUCUACAUUUGAUCUCUCACAUGGGGUAUCAACAUCACAGCUUGUUGGUGGACAUUGUAAUCGGGUAUAUGAAGUACUCAAAUUACUAAAUGAGCUUCUCCCUGGCCGAGCUAAAGAUUCAAAUGAUCAACUGGUGGUAGACAAAGAAUCCUUUUUAGAUAAUCACUCAGAUCACUUGCAAAGGCUUGGAAUGAAUGUGUUUCCCAUGUUAAUCCAGGUGUUUAAUUCUGGUGCGAGUUUACAUGUUUGCCAUGGAUGUCUAUCGGUUAUGUACAAGUUAGUUAGUUUGAGCAAACCUGAUAUGCUUGUUGAAUUGCUUAAGAACACCAAUAUUUCAAGUUUUUUGGCUGGAGUAUUCACUAGAAAGGACCACCACAUGCUAAUGUUAGCAUUACAAAUUGCUGAGAUAAUCCUUCAAAACUUUUCAGAUAAUUUCCUAAAGUUGUUUGUAAAAGAAGGUGUUUUUUUUGCCAUUGAUGCACUAUUAACACCAGAAAGAUCCUCAAAAUUGAUGUACCCGGUAUUUAGUGGCAUUCAGCUAUCGUUGGACUCUAGUCAAAAGUCUGCUUCAAGAGAGGCCCUCAAGUGCUUGUGUUAUGCAUUUUCAACUGUCCAAUCUCCAAUGUCAUCAGAAGCCAGAAGUUGCAAACUUGACAAAGACUCUGUUUAUAAUCUUGCAGAGCACAUAAAAGCAAAAUACUUGGCACCAGAAUUAUUUGAUUCUGAGAAAGGAUUGACUGAUGUUUUGCAGAACCUCAGAGCACUUUCUAAUGAUUUGUUGAGUAUGUCCACUGACAAUGGUGCUCUUGCUGUGCAUGAAGAGAAGAUCAAUAAUAUAUUGUAUCAAAUUAUUGACAAGCUUACUGGCAAGGAACAAGUUUCUACUUUUGAAUUUAUUGAAAGUGGAGUCGUGAAGUCACUUGUUAAUUAUUUAUCUCAUGGUCAGUAUAUGAUGGAAAACAAGGGAGUCCAGGGUGUUUGUAAUUAUAAUGCUGCUAUAGAAAAACGAUUUGAGGCUUUGGCUAGUGUAUGCAUAUGUGCUUCUCAGCCAAUCUCCGGUGAAACACCCCUUUCUAUAUUAAUCAAGAACUUGCAGACUGCACUGACUUCAUUGGAAGCUUUCCCUAUUAUUCUGAGCAAUGGGCCAAAACUGAGAAAUUCAUUUGCUACUGUUCCUAAUGGAUGUUCCAUCCCUUACCCUUCCCUGAAAGUCCGUUUUGUCGAUGGGGAGGGAGAGGCUUUACUGAAUGAAUCCCCUGAUGAUUUUCAUACUGUUGACCCUUUUUCUUCUAUGCAUUCCAUUGAAGGAUAUCUAUGGCCAAAGCUCAGUGCAAAAAGCACAGAGCAUGCUAGAUCGUCAUCCAUCCAAGUAGUUUUGCAACCUGAAAGUUCUCCCCUUCAGUCACCAUCAAAUGCAAGUUCAGGCCCAGUUGAUAUUCCCGUAAUUUUGGGGACUUCUGACAUGUUGACAGAUCUCCAUGAAACACAGAAGGGAGAGCCAAAAUUGUCACAGCCUAGACUUGAUCAGGCAGUCAAUGUGAAUGUUGGGGAAUCUUCCUCAUCUGGAACUCAGUGUUAUGCUGACCAAGAACAGCAGAUGAAUGCCCAACCAAACUCAAAACCAGAAAAACAGCAUCCUGCAUCUUGUAGCAAUGAAGCUGCUCAAAAGCUUGUUUUUUAUCAUGAAGGACAACGUCUGGAUCAUAAAUUGACACUAUAUCAUGCAAUUCUUCGCCAUAUAAUAAAGCAAAAUGAUUCUUUUUCUAGUGCAAAACUGUGGAAUCAAAUGCAUACAAUAACCUAUAGAAGGGCUGUAGAAUCUGAGGACAUAAUACCUCCAGAAUGUCAUUCUUCACCUCGGGAUUUCUCUGAUGAUAAAGUUUUAGCUUAUUAUCAGCAUACUCCUUUUUUCUCAGACAUGUUCUCCUGUGAACUUGUUUCUGAUUUAGAGGAUUCAAGUCCAACAUAUGAUAUUUUGUUUCUUCUUAAAAGCUUGGAAAGCAUGAAUAGAAUUAUAUUUCACCUUAUGUCUCGUGAAAGAAUUUGUGCUUUUGCCAAAGGGGAUGUUGAUAACCUGGAUAGUCUAAAAUUAGCAGUUCCUUCUGUCCCUCAAAAUGAGUUUGUAAACAGUAAGUUGACAGAGAAGCUAGAGCAACAGAUGAGGGACUCUUUGGCUGUCUCCAUUGGUGGUAUGCCAUUGUGGUGUAAUCAAUUGAUGGCUUCAUGUCCCUUCUUAUUUAGUUUUGAGGCAAGAUGCAAGUACUUCAAAUUGAAAGCAUUUGGUCAGCCACAAGUCCAACCUCACAUGUCUCACAGUGGCUCAGGAACAGUAAGUGACAGGCGGCAGGGUCCUGUUGGAAUGCCUCGAAAGAAAUUUUUAGUUUAUCGCAACCGGAUUUUGGAAUCUGCUGCUCAAAUGAUGGACCUGCAUGCCAGUCAUAAAGUGGUUCUUGAAGUGGAAUAUGAUGAAGAGGUGGGCACUGGUCUUGGACCAACUUUGGAGUUUUAUACUUUGGUAUGCCAGGAGUUCCAGAAAUCUGGCUUGGGCAUGUGGAGAAAAGAUGCUUCUUCCUUUACUCCAAAGACAAACUUGCAGGCUGAUGAAAUUGGAACCCAUUCUUUUUAUGGACUUUUUCCUCGUCCAUGGUCAUCAAUGCAAGAUACAUCUGCUGGCAUACAGUUCUCUGAAGUAACAAAGAAAUUUAACCUUCUAGGCCAAGUUGUUGCGAAAGCACUUCAAGAUGGAAGGAUCUUAGAUCUCCACUUCUCAAAAGCUUUCUAUAAACUUAUUCUUGGAAAGGAACUUUCUCUCUACGACAUACAAUCCCUUGAUCCUGGGCUUGGUAGGGUGCUGCAAGAGUUUCAAGCACUAGUUAUCAGAAAAAAAAUUAUGGAAUCUGACAGUGGAGGGAAUCCUGAGUUGCUAAAUGGACUAACCUUUCGAGGUACAAGAAUUGAAGAUCUUUGUCUUGAUUUUACUCUUCCUGGGUAUCCUGAUAUUGUUCUUGCUUCUGGGACCGAUCAUUCCAUGGUAAAUAUGGGAAACCUGGAGGAUUAUGUUUCACUUAUUGUCGAUGCAACUGUGAGGUCUGGAAUUUCAAGACAAGUGGAUGCUUUUAAAUCUGGCUUUAACCAGGUUUUCCCCAUCGAACAUCUUCGGAUUUUCAAUGAAGAAGAACUUGAGCGAAUGCUUUGCGGAGAGUACGACUCUUGGGCUAUUAACGAGCUUGGAGACCACAUUAAGUUUGAUCAUGGAUACACUGCUAGCAGCCCUCCCAUUGUUAAUUUGUUGGAGAUUGUCCAAGAGUUUGAUCAUGAACAGCGACGAGCAUUUCUGCAGUUUGUGACUGGUGCACCUCGGCUUCCUCCUGGAGGAUUGGCAUCUCUCAAUCCGAAGUUAACUAUUGUCCGAAAGCAUUGUAGCAACCGAGCAGACACAGACCUACCUAGCGUGAUGACUUGUGCAAAUUAUCUUAAGCUACCUCCGUACUCAUCAAAAGAAAGGAUGAAAGAGAAGCUGUUGUAUGCCAUAACAGAGGGUCAAGGAUCUUUCCACCUUUCGUAGUUUCACUCUCUUGACUGGAUUCGUAUUUGAAUUAUGAAGAUGAAGAUGUAAUUAUUAGGGUAAUUGUUAGUAAUGUAGAUAAAGGUGCUAGUGAGUUGCUGGCAGUGGUCUCAAUGAGUUUCUUGCAGUGGUGGUCACGAGUUACUUGGGGAUGAAGCUACUUUCUUCACUGACAACAAUUGUUGGGGGUGUGUACAUAGCACGCUGAUAGUUUAGUUGAUUGACUGGUAUCAGCUGUACAGAAACGGAGGGCACUUUCAAGGGUCACGCUUUGAUUUUCAUGUACAGUAUUGUGUACAGGAACCUGAUCAUUAAUAUUUUAGUCGUUUACAUGAAAAAUGAUAUUAGUUCCUAUCUCUGCUUCUGUUA